AUGGCACUGGGUGACAAUAUACCCCUCGUGGCCGCGUUCUCGCUGGUAGAGGCUUAUUUACUGCAACGCAUAGUGUUUGAAGAGACUACCUACCACAAAGUCCUUCUCUAUACAUUUAUCGUGACUCUCAUGAUCCAAGGAUUCUUCAGUAUCAUCAUCUACCCGCUGCUAUUGAGUCCAGUGCGGCAUCUGCCCAAAGUCCCGGGAUCUGCGAGUCACUCGCAGUUGAUUUUCGACACUCCCCGAGGCAGCACACCAUUGAUAUGGAUGAAGACGAUUCCCAAUGAGGGAAUCAUUCACAUGCGCGACAACCUGAACACCAGCUACAUUCUGCCAACUAAUCAUCAAGCGCUGUUGGAUGUCAUGAGUACGAAUACCUAUGAUUUCGAAAAGCCCUGGCGUAUGCGCAACUUUCUUGCUCGGAUUAUCGGGUUUGGGAUGAUCACCUCCGAGGGGGUGCAUCACAAGAGACAGCGCAAGGCAUUGACCCCGGGUUUCAAUAUCAAGAACAUUCGCUCCAUGUACUCGUUGAUGUGGCAUAAGACAGGCUUGCUAUUGGAUGAGCUGGAAAAAGAGGGUAAGGCCAACCCGAUGGAGGGGACCAAGCCCGAAGACGGUGUCGGCAAAAUUGAAAUGGGAGAAUGGGCCAGUCGCCUCACUCUGGACAUUAUUGGCCCUGCAUCAAUGGGACGAGACUUCAACUCCAUCCAAAACAAGAGUAACAAGGUUGCGGAGAGCUUCGCCAGUAUCCUCGAGCCGACGAAGGAAAAGAUGGCCUUCCUUGUGAUGAACUUCACUCUUCCCCAAUGGAUGGCGAAGCGCGUUCCCUGGCGCAUGAACAAUAUUUUGGAAUCAGAGACUGCCUACCUACGCAAAACGUGCAACGAAAUCGUGCAAGAGAAGCGAAUCCAACUCGCCCAGUCUAAGGUUUCCGCCGAGGAUCUCGAAGCUGAUAUUCUCGGCACAAUGUUGCUUGGAGGCGACUUCACCGACACAGAGAUGGUGGAUCAGAUGUUAACAUUCUUGGCAGCCGGCCACGAAACCACUGCCAGCGCAUUAACCUGGUGUUGUUACCUAUUACAUCAAAACCCAGAGUAUCAAACGAGACUGCGUGAGGAGAUUCGCGCAAAUAUCCCAAGCGGAAAUUCCCCAAUCACACACCAGGACCUUGAAUCCCUCCCCCUUUUGAACGGAGUCUGCCAAGAAGUCCUCCGCCUGUACCCGCCAGUCCCAACGACGAUCCGCGAGGCCGUGCGAGGCACCACGGUGGCUGGGAAAUACAUUCCCAAAGGCACGCGAGUCGUUCUCUGUCCCUGGGCUAUUAACCGCAGUCCACUAUUUUGGGGAGAGAAUGGGGAAGAGUUCUACCCUGAGCGGUGGAUUGACACGGAUAAGAAUGGUAAUCAAAUACCGAAUAACAAUGGCGGUGCGUCGACGAAUUUCGCACAGAUUACCUUCUUGCAUGGGCAGCGCUCGUGUAUUGGCAAGGAUUUUGCGCGGGCAGAAUUCCGGUGUGCGGUUGCCGGUGUGGUCGGUAGGUUUGCCUUCGAGAUGCAGGAUCCUAAUCAGGAGAUUCAUGCUUCUGGGUCGGUUACUAUUAAGCCCGUUGAGGGUAUGCAUCUUGCUAUCAGAAGGGUCGAGGGAUGGUAA